AUGGAUGUUGAAAAAACAAUUCACGAAAAUGAUAUUGUUACAUCAGCCUCAGGUGUAAUAGCAUUGUUAAAUGAGGAAGAUGCUAGUUUAAAAAUUUUUGGAUUAGAAAAAUUAAACUCCGUAGUCGAUAUAUAUUGGCCUGAAUUGGCUGAUUAUAUUUUUAAAAUUGAAGAAUUAUGUGAGGAUGAUGAAUUUAGUGGUAAAGAGCUAGCUAAUUUAGUUGCAAGCAAGGUUUAUUAUCAUUUAGAAAAAUAUCCAGAAGCUUUAAAAUAUGCUUUAUGUGCAGGUAAAUUAUUUAAUAUUAAUGAAAAAUCUCAAUAUAUAGAAACAAUGCUUGCAAAAUGUAUUGAAAAAUAUGUAGAAAUAAGAGAAAAAAAUUAUGAAGGUGUAGAUUCAAAUAACUCUGCUCAAAACAAUAUUAUUAAUUAUUCUAAUAAUGAAAACAGUUUUAGUGGUUCUUAUACUUUAAAUAAUAAUUAUAAUAAUAUAGAUUCUGAUUAUAAACGAGGAAAAGGAGGGUUAAAUAUAAAUAACAACAUUGAUAAUAAUGAUGAUAAUAGAAAUGUAUAUGAAAGACAUAAUUAUAGUACUAAAGGUGUAAAUGCCAAUAAUAUCGCAAAAAAUAAUAAUAAUAUACUAAUUGGAGAUAAUGAAAAUGAUAAUGAUAAAAUAAAAGAUGAAAAUAAUAUUUUUAAAGAUGAUCUAAAUAAUGAUAUAAAUAAAAAAAUGGAAAAUUUUGUUGAUGAUAUGUUAGAAGUAUGUAUUAAAAAUAAUAGUAUAAAGGAAGCAUUGGGUGUUGCUCUUGAUGCUAGACGUUUAGAUAAAGUUGAAUAUAUAAUAUUAAAUGCACCAAAUAAAUUAGAAAUAUUACAACAUUCUAUUUUAAAUGAACGACACAUUAAUACCACAAAAAAAUUCCGUAAAGAUUUUUUUAAGUUACUUGUAAAAAUAUAUCUAUCAAUGAGUGAAGAAGAAAUAAAAUAUGAAUAUGUAAAUUUAUGUGAAUGCUUAUUUUAUAUUAAUGAUUAUAAAACAGUUGCUGAAAUUUUAUUAAAACUAAUUGAAAACUAUCAUUUAAUGGUAUAUCAAAUUUCGUUUGAUUUGGUAGAUUUAGAAAAUAUUAAUUUUUUAAAAAAUAUUUUAAAAGAAAUAAAAGAAAUUAUAAUUAAAAAUAAGUCUUAUUAUUAUGGGGAAGAAAAUUAUAAACAUCUAAAUGCAGAUUUGCCAAAAAAAAAUAAUAGCGGAAAUAACAGCGGAAGUAAUGAAGAUGCAUCUGGUCAAGAUGCACCUGAUCAAGAUAAUUCGGAAGGAAAAGACCAAACUGAAGCAAUAAAUGACGGGACUGAUCCAACUGUCCUCACAUCUGUUGCUGCGAAUGCUGAUGAUCAAGAAAAUGAUAAAAAAGAUGAUAAAGAUGGUAAAAAUGAUAAAGAUGAUAAAGAUGGUAAAGAUGGUAAAAAUGAUAAAAAUGAUCAAACUGAAGAGAAAGAUAAGAUUCCUGAAGAUGUACUUAUCUAUGUAAAUGAAAAACAUCAUUUAUAUGAAAAAAUAAAAAAAUUAAUUUUUAUAUUAACAGGAAAAAUAACAACAAGUUUGUAUAUUGAAUUUUUACAUCGUAAUAAUCAUGCUGAUUUAAUUUUAUUGGAUAAUUAUAAAAAUGUAAUAGAUUCAAGAAGCAGUAUAACACAUCAUGGUAUUGUUAUAGCUCAUGGAUUAAUGCAAGCAGGAACAACUUGCGAUGUUUUUUUGCGUUCAAAUAUUGAAUGGUUAUCUAAAGCAGUAAAUUGGGCUAAAUUUUCAUCUACUGCUUCAUUAGGUGUUGUAUAUAAAGGUCAUGUUAAUCAAUCUUUUACAGUUUUAUCAUCACAUCUACCAUAUAAUGAUAUAUCUAGACAAAUUACAAAUAACAUAAAUGCAAAUAUAUCACAAAAUGAUGUAUAUUCAGAAAGUGGGUCUUUAUAUGCAUUGGGUUUAAUACAUGCUACUUAUAAUACAAAUUAUAAAAAAGUUAGAGAUUUUUUAUUAUCUCAAUUAAAAGCAAGUAACAAUAAUGAAGUAUUACAACAUGGUUGUUGUUUAGGUUUAGGUUUAGUUUGUUUAGAACAAAAUGAUGAUGAAGAAAUAUAUGAUGAACUAAAAUCAGUUAUGUAUUCAGAUUCUGCAGUAUCUGGUGAAAGUGCUGCAUAUGCAAUUGGAUUAUUAAAAAUGGGUAGUGGAGAUGAAAAAUGUGUUGAUGAAUUAUUAGCAUAUGCUCAUGAUACACAACAUGAAAAAAUAACAAGAGCAUGUAGUAUAAGUUUAGGUUUUGUUAUGUUUCAAAAAGAAAGAGAAGCAGAUAAUUUAAUAGAAGAAUUAAUAAAUGAUAAAGAUGCAAUUAUAAGAUAUGGUGGAAUGUUUACAAUUGCAUUAGCAUAUUGUGGUUUAUCUAAUUAUAAUAAACAUAUUAUUAAAAAAUUAUUACAUUUUUCAGUUUCAGAUGUAAGUGAUGAUGUUAGAAGAGCUGCUGUGAUAGCAUUAGGUUUUGUUUUAUGUAAUACUCCUGCACAAGUUCCAAUGUUUUUAAAUUUAUUAGUAGAAAGUUAUAAUCCACAUGUAAGAUAUGGUGCUGCUUUAGCAUUAGGUAUUGCAUGUGCAUCUACUGGUAAUGAAGAAGCUGUUAAUAUGUUAAUGCCACUUUUAACAGAUACUACAGAUUUUGUUAGACAAAGCGCUUUUAUAUCAUUGGGUCUAAUUUUCCAACAAUCUAAUGAAAAUAUUAGUCCAAAUUUUAAAAAAUUUAAAGAUGAAAUAAUGAAAAUAUUAUCUGAUAAACAUGAAGAUAUUAUUGCUAAAUUUGGAGCUACUGUAGGACUUGGAUUAUUAGAUAUAUGUGGUCGAAAUGCUAUUUCAACAUUUUUUACAAGAAGAGCUAAUAUUAUAAGACCACAAUCAGCAGUUGGUUUUUGUUUAUUUUGUCAAUUAUGGUAUUGGUUUCCAUUAAUUCAUAUGAUUAGUUUAACUUUUUUACCAACUUGUUUAAUUGGAUUAACAGAAGAUUUAAAAGUUCCUAAAAACUUUACUGUUUUAUCAGCUAAAAAUCAAGCUUUUGAUUAUCCUUCAUUUUUAAGUAAAGAAAAAAUUCAAGAAAAAAAAGAAACUGUUACUGCUAUUUUAUCAACAACUGAUAAAAGAAAAACAUUGAAAUUAAAAAAACAAAAAAAUGAAAAUAAAUUAUCAAAAGAAAAAAACCCACAAGAUGAUAGUAGUUCCGUUCUUUCUGAUGGAAAAUCAAUGAAAAAUUUAGAAAUUCUAAGUACUGCUGCAACUAUUGGUCAAUCAAGCCAUGUCUCUCAUGCCGAAAGUGUUGAAGGAAGUGCCAAUGGUGAAAAUUCAAAUGACCAACAAAAUGACGCUACUCAGUUUUCAGGAUUACAACGAAUUAAAAAGUCAGACAAGGGCAAGGCCCCUUCUCUUCCCCCCACGAAUAACACGGUUGAUAUGAAAAACCCAUGCAGAGUAAUAAAAACGCAGGAAAAAUAUAUCGAAUAUCCCCCAAAUAGCAGAUUUAAGCCAAUUAUUAGUAUCCGAAAAUCUGGAUUCAUUAUGCUUUUAGAUACGACUCCAUCCGAACCCUUUGAUUUCAUUGAACCUAAAUUAGAAAGUGGAAACAAAAAAGAGGUUCCACCAUUUGAACCCUUUUCUUGGAAGGAUGAAAAUUAA